GAAGUUAAAUUUUGUAGCUAUAGCCUCGGACAAUUGUGUUAUGAGCAAUAAUUUAGCAGGCAUUCCCGGCACGCGAGUUCACGUGGACGUAACCAGUGUUUUCGAUGUCUAUUGUGAGUUGAUUUGUCCAGUGAAUCACACCGAAAAUUAUACAAAGAAAAAUAAUCCAAAUGUAAUAUCGAUCAAGGAAAAAUUUCCCACAAAUUUUCGUGAUGACAAAAUAUUGAAGAUGCUGCAGUUGUUUGCGAGUACGCCGUGCGAAAACGAAGACGUUCCAGUGGUGAUGUAUUCGUUUGUGUUGACGGCGGAAGAUACUCAUUGGCGGUUUUGCUUCUGUCGUUAUGACUUCGAUUCCAAUUCGAUUAUGCUUAUACUUACGCGCCUGCCAUGGCAUGAGACCUUCUUCAACAUGCUGACAACGCUUUUCGAACUCAAGCAACGACAAUCAAAUGAUUUUCAUACAUUUCUCACGAAUUGUUACAAAGCUGCAAUGCCGCCACGUGGAGGUAUAACGCUUGUGCCGGUGGGCGGGAGUCGUAAGAUGUUUUCCAUCGAGCAACCAUCCUUUUAUAAAUUACCUUGUAUUCCAGACAAUCACAAUUUGACUGUGUUUUAUAAUUUGGCCACGCCUAAAAUCAUGCUAUCCAUAAUUGCUUCGCUUUUGCAAGAGCGUCGCAUUAUUAUCACAUCCCAUCAGCCGGAUCGACAUUCCGCCUGCGUGCAAGCCGCCAAUGCACUACUCUAUCCAAUGGAAUGGCAACACACCUAUAUACCCAUAUUGCCUUUGCAACUGCGCGACUAUCUAAUGGGACCUAUGCCAUAUCUAAUUGGCGUGCCGAUUUCGGUUCUAGAAACGAUUUGUAGAGGUGAACUUGGUGACGCGAUCAUAUUCAAUUGUGAUGUUGGUACAUAUGAAAGUUGUUAUGAUGAUGUGCAGCUUUUACCGCACACUAUUGUCAAAGAUAUGCAAGAUCAAUUUAGAAACUCUAAGCAGCGCAAUGAUGAAUUCAUCUCAUAUGAAUUCCUAUUGAUGAUGGUGCGUUUGGUUGGUAAUUACCGAGAUGGUAUUAAAUUUGAAUCUGAUCCGUUUUUUUGUGACAACGCAUUUUUGUCCAAGUCUUCACAUUCAAAGCACAAAUUUUUGCGUAAACUUUUAUCCACCUCAAUGUGUGUUCACUUCUUACGCACACGUUUAAGUAUGAUAAAGCAUGGGCCGAUGAUAUGGGAUCGUUUUGAAAUGGAAAGUGCCUUGCAUACCCAACGGAAAAAGAGCCAUUGCUGUGGUGGUGUCAAGAAGAAGAAAUUCAAAGAAACAAAUGAGAUAUAUGAACCGCUCAAUAGUUUUCAAAAUCAAUUAUUUAAAUCUUUGGAAAUAACCGAGACCAUUAAAUUGCAAAUGGAGCAGUUGCGCAAAUGUCAGCAGUAUAAAGAUGCAAAAACACACACAGAUAUGAAAGAACUGUUCGGCAGUCUUCGUUAUACGUUGGCGUAUGCUACUUCAGCAUACAAUAGUCUAGAAGCACAAAAUAUUGAAGAGAUGAAAAAUCUUGGAUAUACUGAAAUAAACACAAGUGCGUUGAACAGUGAACCAAUACAGGAAAAAAGAGCAAGUUCUAGAACACGUUUUAAUGGUUGAUUACUUCGCCAUUUAUUGUAUAAGUGUAUAUAUGUAUGUGUGUAUACUAUGUAACUGUAAUUCGUGUAUGGAAUGUGAAAAUAUAGUGAAAUUGUAUUAUAA